AGCAAGCCAAUUUUGACAUGGCAAGUUUGAAGGUCCAAAUAUGUUGCUUGCUUGCCUAUGCAACAUUUCUCAGCCAGAUGAUCAGCUGCCAGAGUCUGCCAAAAGAACAUGUUGCUUUGUUCACCUUAGGUGAUUCACUAUUUGAUCCUGGAAACAACAACAAUAUCAACACCACUAAUGACUAUAGGGCAAAUUUCUGGCCUUACGGUAGGACCUUCUUCGGGUACCCUACUGGGAGAUUUUCUGAUGGGCGUCUAAUUCAAGAUUUUAUAGCUGAGUAUGCAGGGUUACCAUUAAUUCCAGCCUUUUUACAAUCCGGAAACCAUAGAUUCAUAUAUGGGGUGAACUUUGCAUCAGGAGGAGCUGGUGCUCUUGUUGAAACUCAUCAAGGACUUGUUAUAGACCUAAAGACUCAAGUAAUCUAUUUCAAAAAAGUUGAGAAAUCUCUGAGACAAGAAGUAGGAGAUGCAGAAGCCAAGAGAUUGUUGUCCAGAGCUGUCUACUUAAUCAGCAUAGGAGCCAAUGAGUACUUGAGCCGGAACUCGAGCAUUUCUGAUGAAGGUUAUGUUGCCAUGGUGAUGGGCAACCUGACUCUUGCACUCAAAGAAAUAUACAAGAUAGGAGGAAGGAAGUUUGGGUUUCCAGGUAUGGCCCCUCUGGGUUGCUCACCGUUCCUAAGAUCACAAGCAGGAGGCAACGGCUCUUGCUUUGAAGAAGUCAAUAAAAUUUCACAACUGCACCAAAGAGAACUUCCCAAAACCCUCAAGAAGCUAGAGGAGCAGCUACCGGGCUUCAAAUAUUCAGUUUACAAUUUCUACAAAACUAUUAGCGAAAGACUAAACAACCCUUCAAAAUACGGGUUCAAGGAUGCCACAACGGCAUGCUGCGGCUCUGGUGUAUACAGAGGAACAUACAGUUGUGGAGGGAAGAGAGGGAUAAAAGAGUAUGAAUUAUGUGAGAAUUCUAGUGAAAAUUUCUUCUUUGACUCCUAUCAUCCCUCAGAAAAGGCCUUCCAACAAUUUGCACAGGAAAUGUGGAGCGGAGGUUCCGAUGUCAUAUCGCCUUACAAUAUCAAACAAUUAUUUGAAGCAUAGAAGUAUAUGACUCUAAUUAGCAUUUUUAUCUAAAAUAAAUGCAUUAAAUAAACGGAAUGGAUGUGCACGUCCUCAAUUUUUCUUGGUUUUGUUCUCAAAUUUCAACUAAUAAAUAAGUUUAGUUUCCUCUUA